CCGAGCUCCUCGGGCCAUGGAGAGCGCCCGGGAGGCCCGCGAGGCCGGGAGCAGCCGGGGGGCUGAGGCCACGCGGCCGGGCGCGCCCCCGCCCUCGCCCUCUGAGCCUCCCGCCGCGCCCCGCGUGCGCCCGCGCCUCGUCUUCCGCACGCAGCUGGCGCACGGCAGCCCCACGGGCCAGAUCGAGGGCUUCAGCAACGUCCGCGAGCUCUACGCCAAGAUCGCAGAGGCCUUCGGCAUCGCGCCCACCGAGAUCCUGUUCUGUACUCUCAACAGCCACAAGGUGGACAUGCAGAAGCUGCUGGGUGGUCAGAUCGGCCUGGAGGACUUCAUCUUCGCCCACGUGCGGGGUGAGACCAAGGAGGUGGAGGUCACCAAGACCGAGGACGCGCUGGGGCUGACCAUCACGGACAACGGGGCCGGCUACGCCUUCAUCAAGCGAAUCAAGGAGGGCAGCAUCAUCAACCGCAUCGAGGCCGUGUGUGUGGGAGACAGCAUCGAGGCCAUCAAUGACCACUCCAUCGUGGGCUGUCGCCACUACGAGGUGGCCAAGAUGCUGCGGGAGCUGCCCAAGUCCCAGCCCUUCACACUCCGCCUGGUGCAGCCCCGGAGGGCCUUCGAUAUGAUUGGUCAGAGGAGCCGAAGCAGCAAGUGCCCCAUGGAAGCCAAGGUGUCCAGCGGGAGGGAGACCCUCCGCCUUCGUUCUGGGCAUGCCGCCACAGUGGAGGAGGUGCCCAGUGAAUUUGAGGAAGAGGCCUCUCGGAAGGUGGACGACCUGCUGGAGAGCUACAUGGGGAUCCGGGAUCCUGAGCUGGCAUCCACCAUGGUGGAGACGUCCAAGCGGACAGCGAGCGCCCAGGAGUUUGCUCGUCAUUUAGACUCCGUCUUGGGAGAAUUCGCCUUCCCGGACGAGUUUGUGGUGGAGGUGUGGGCCGCCAUCGGCGAGGCCCGGGAGGCCUGUGGCUAGCCUGUCCCAGGGGUGAACAAAGCCCCAGCCCGGAGCCCAGCCCCCUGCCCC